AUGGAGGCUUCCCGGAUGCCUGAUCAGCUACGGGAACUUGUGUCGGAACUGGAUCGACAGGCUCAAGAGUGCACGAGACACGAUACUGGCGCAUCGGGAGAAGCCAUCGAGGGGCUCUUCACUCUCCAAAGUCAAGGCGCCGACUAUGCGCGCGCCCUCAGAAAGCUUCAGAGCUCAAUUGCAGAAUGCCUAGCAGAAAAUAGAGAUUGGUGCGCGAUCACGAUACCGGACGAGUCCCUUCUGUGGAAAGUCUGCGCCUUCUCACGGCCCUCGGCCCGAAUCGCAGAUCCUCUAUUUAUGCGACAAAAAACCACCACAUUUCUCAAGCUGGUAGACAGACAGAACAACAAUGAUGAUAUACAAGGCAUCUGGGAAAACAAAGUCAUAGAGAAUUGGGUUACCUCAGACACACCCUCGGCCCUAUUCCUCGAGAUCCCGUUUCGAGGGACUGGCCGAGUGCGGCGCUUCGCUUUGGACUUCAUAGACCAUCUUGAUGAACAUCAUCCGGUUCUCUCUAUGAUUGGAGGGCUUUCUCAAGCCGAUGCUGAUCAUCUGUUGCCUGAUCCGACACCCAAGACGGUCCUCGAACAUUUGAUCGUUCAAGCGCUUCGCCAUAUCAAUCCUGAGAUUCGAUUGGGUUUCUUUGCAGAGACCGUAUCAUCAUUUAGAUCCUCAACGACUGCUGGCGAUCUAUUAGGCCUACUAAAAGCCGUUUGCGCAAACAUAUCGAAAUUAACAAUUGUUUUCGAUCUUUCAAUAUUUCCACCUCGACUAAAUGAAGGCAUGGACGCGGCAAGUUGGCCAACCGAGUUCUCUCGCCUCAUCACAGGCCUAUGGGAUUGCUCCUAUCCGGUGUUCUGUCACGUUUUGCUGCUUGGUUCUGUGCUCCCAACGGCGAAGAUUGCCAGUGAGGGCGACGUUAUUUCUGUGGGAAUCUCAGCCAUGGAUUUCGGGACGUCUCGACGUCGGUUUCCCUUUCACCCUCCCAGACCUAUACCCAAAGCUUAUGAGGCUCCCAAACCGGCGAGGAGUCUGGACUCUCGCAUCCUAAAGGCAACAUUAUCUCAGUAA